AUGAGAAAGAUUCCUUCUAUGUUUUGGGUACCUCUGUUCUUACUAUCAUCUUCUUUCUCUGUUGCUUUGGACUAUAGUGUCAUCACUCCAAGAGACUCUCUGAAAGAUGGAGAUACUCUUAGUUCUACAGACCAUGUCUUCCAGUUAGGGUUUUUCAGUUUCGACCAAGACGAGCAGCCUCAACAUCGCUUUCUUUGCUUGUGGUACAAGCAACCAUUUGCAGUUGUUUGGGUAGCCAACCGAAACAAUCCUCUCUAUGGCACUUCUGGAUUCUUGAACUUGAGUGCUGGUGGCGAUCUUCAGCUAUUCGAUGGGGAACACAGAGCCUUGUGGUCGUCAUCAUCAAAAGCUACUAAACCGGCAAAAAAUCCCUACUUAAAGAUCAACUGUACAGGGAAUCUUCUCUUGGGUGAUGAUGAAGAAGCUGUGUUGUGGCAAAGUUUUGAUGAUCCCAUGAAUACAAUACUCGCGGGUAUGAAGCUUGGGAAGAACUUCAAGACACAACAAGAAUGGUCUCUAACGUCUUGGAAAACCCUAAAAGAUCCAUCCACUGGUGAGUACACUUUGUCUCUAGACACUCGAGGCUUACCACAGUUGAUCUUGAGGAAGAAAGGAGAUCCGACUUAUUCAUACCGCUUAGGAUCUUGGAACGGCUUAUCAUUCACCGGAGCUCCAGCUAUGGGGCGAGAGAACACCUUAUUCAACUACAAAUUCACGUCGAGUGCGCAAGAAGUAAACUACUCGUGGACCCCUCGACGCGAUAUCGUCUCAAGAUUGGUUCUAAACACCACAGGGAAACUCCAGAGGUUUAUACAGUCGAAGCAACACGAGUGGAACUUAGCAAACACAGCACCAGAGGAUGAGUGUGACUACUACUCCAUAUGCGGAGCUUACGCAGUUUGUGGGAUCAGUAGCAAAAACACACCUUCAUGUUCAUGUUUGCAAGGGUUCAAGCCAAAGUCAGGUCGAAAGUGGAAUAUUUCGAGAGGAGCUGAGGGAUGUGUCCAUGAGGUUCCAACCAAAUGCGGUAAGAAAGAUAUAUUUGUGAAGUUUCCAGGUAUGAAGUUACCAGACACUUCAUGGUCUUGGUACGAUUCAAGAAAUGCAAUGACACUUGAGGAUUGUAAGGUCAAGUGUUCAAGUACCUGCUCUUGCACGGCUUACGCGAAUACUGAUAUUCGUAAGGGAGGAAAAGGCUGUUUGCUUUGGUUUGGUGACUUACUUGAUAUGAGAGAGUAUGCUAGCUUUGGACAAGAUGUUUACAUAAGAAUGGGUUUUGCUAAAAAGGAGUUUAAAGGAAGAGAGAAGGUGGGAAUGAUUGUUGGAUCAGUGAUGAGCAUCGCAGUUGUUUUGGUUGCUGUAUUUGCAUGCUACAGAAAGAAGAUCAUGAAGAGAUAUCAUGGAGAAAGUUUGAUAAAAAGAGUUGGGGAAGAGAACAUGGACAUGGGCUUGCCUAUUCUUGACAUUAAAGCGAUUUACAUAGCCACUGAUGAUUUCUCAUACAUAAACUUUCUAGGAAGAGGAGGGUUUGGACCAGUUUACAAGGGUAGGUUAGAGAAUGGACAAGAAAUAGCGGUGAAGAGAUUAUGUGAAAACUCAGGACAAGGAGUGCUAGAGUUCAAGAACGAAGUUAAACUAAUAGCAAAACUUCAACAUCGUAACCUCGUGAGGCUUUUAGGAUGUUGCAUUCAAGGUGAAGAACGUAUGUUGAUCUAUGAGUAUAUGCCUAACAAAAGCUUAGACUUCUUUAUCUUCGAUGAAAGGAGACGUAGAGAGUUGGAUUGGGGGAAGAGGAGUAACAUUAUCUAUGGAAUUGCACGAGGGCUUCUUUAUCUUCAUCAAGAUUCGAGGUUGAGGAUCAUACAUAGAGAUCUAAAAGCUGGAAAUGUUUUACUAGACAAUGAUAUGAACCCUAAGAUCUCAGAUUUUGGACUAGCCAAAUCUUUUGGUGGAGAUCAGAGUGAAUCAAGCACAAACAGAGUCGUGGGUACAUAUGGUUAUAUGCCUCCGGAGUAUGCAAUUGAUGGACAUUUCUCAGUCAAAUCCGAUGUGUUCAGCUUCGGUGUAUUAGUACUUGAGGUCAUAACUGGCAAGACGAACCGUAGGUUUCAACAUGCAGAUCAUGAUCUUAACCUUCUUGGACACGUGUGGAAACUGUGGGUUGAAGACAGAGCAAUAGAAGUGCCGGAGGAAGAUUUGCUGGAAGAAACAUGUGCUGUCUCAGAGAUUCUAAGAUGUAUCCAUGUGGCUUUGCUUUGUGUUCAACAAAAACCAGAAGACAGACCAACCAUGGCUUCUGUUGUGUUAAUGUUUGGGAGUGAUGGUUCUCUCCCUGAUCCAAAACAACCUGGAUUUUUCACCAACCGGAACGUUCCAGAUGUUUCUUCAUCUCUAAGUCGUUCGGUAAACCAAGUUUCCAUUACAAUGAUACAAGGUCGGUAGAAGAAAUAAAGAUCAUGUAUAAACUAUGGUUGGUAAACUAUGAUGUAAUAAUAAUGUCACCAAAGACAAAACAACACACACAAAAAUAG